GGUGUCUUAGACAUCACGAUGGGUGAACAAGAAUUACCAAGGUAUUAAUCUUAUAUAAUUACAAUAUCCAUUAUCAUAUGACAAACCGGUACCCAAGAGUCAACUGGUGCUAGCACCGAGAAUACAGGGGUGCUAGGGUACUUCAGGUACUUAGAUAUAUCCAUUUUAUGGAGGUACCUAAGUAUACUGCCUCCUUCCCAUUACUACGAAAUACCUACUACAUACUGCGUACAAUACGCUACAUGUACAGCUAUAUACCUAGACAAGGCCCCCACCUGAUCUAAUCGUCUCUCCACUUCGAACUUUACAGCAAUCGACGACGCGAGAAUCAACCUUGAUAACUUACUAAAUUCAACUUCCGAAUUUUCUUGUCUAAUUCUUGUUCAAAAAAAUUCCUCUCCUUUCGUUUUCCUUUAUUUCUCUUGACGCCCUUUUUACGGGAUUGUACAUACUGGAGAGACAGUUAUUAGACAGUCUUAAUCCUUUCUUUUGCUUUCCAGACGGACGCGCCGAACGGCACAUUUCGCUAACGUCGAUCCACUCAAACUUCGACCAACGUCUGCCACUGUGUUCUCCCUUGGCAGGAUACGGCAGAAUACGAACGACGAAGAGGAAGUUCUCCUAAUCCUUAAACUUCCCGGCAAAUAUCCAUAUCCAUACCUCGCACUCCAGCAUGCUGAUCUCCCAGCUGUGCAUGCGCAACGAAGUGACCGUUAGCCGUCGUUAUGGCUGACCCUCUUCACCCCGCUACGGCUGUUUCCGGCAGCCGUGAUGAUGACGAUCUUUCCGCGACAUGUCACGAACCGGGACCUAUGAAGUGUUGUUGUGGUUCUGUGGAGUGUGUCUUUCUGAGACACAAUUGCUCUGUCCUCGCUAGCGUCGAGAAGGAUGUCCACACGGCUGCGAGAAUGGGCCAGGCCCUGCUCGCCCGCCACGAAGCUUACAUGGCCGAUGCUGAGCGGGAUCGCACUGAGCUUACCGCCAGGAUUGAACAGUUGGAAGUCGAUAACAAGGAGCUCGAGGCUAGGAAUGCGAGGACGAUCGAGGAGAAUAGGAACCUGCUGGAUCAGCUUGAGACGCUGAACACUACCGUCGUCGAUUCUGAAGGCCGUAUUACAUCGCUCGAAGCUACUUUGCUCUCCUCACAACAGGCAGUCCGGCGCCUAGAAGGAGAAACGGCGCGUGCUGCCGCGCUAGAACGUCAGCUUGCGGCUUUAGAGCAAGAGCAGGCGGAGCUGCAAAGUUGCCUGAGCAUGUCUCGGGAAGAGGCUCGAUCUGCUGUAUCAAGAUGGAAGCGAGCUGAACGAGGUAUUAAUGAUUUGCAGGAGCAACUAGAACGGAUGGAGAAGGAAGCGAAGGAAGAAAGAGAAUACCAUGUCGAAGUGAUGGGGCGCAUAGAGAGACAGCGUGAAAUGGAGAAGGAGUUGAACACUGCCGCCGGUCGACUAAAGGGGGCGGCCGCAGCCAAAUCAAUGGAUCGUGGCCCCGGUAUCGGGAGCAACGCGGUGUCGCAUUUCGUCCGCGAUCUUCUACAGGAUAACGCUAAUCUUCAAUAUGGUAUCGCCGAACUGCGGGAGAUGUUGAUGAAUUCCAAUGAUGAGAUCCAGGCCCUACAGAACCAACUCAUGUACCACCAGCCGUUGGGAGACGACCAGAACAGUGCUACCUCGACGCUGAGGGAGGAGCUCGAGUCCGAAAAACCCCAAUCCGAUGAGAAGAAGACACCUAAAACUCCCAAAGAGCUCCACAUCCACCAUCAUUACCAUUUGCCGAAAUCGAAGCAAGAAGCAAAGAAGUCACGGAAGAAACGGCAAUCACUCACACCUGGAACAUUCACGCCGCCUGGAAAUUUUGUGCCGAGUACACCUCCUAGCGAGCUGAUACGGCAUCAGUUCGGAUCGCAUGCGCAUAGAGAUUCUUUGCUAUCUAAUUACUGGUCUGCGUCUGAUUUUACGCCCUCCUCGGUUCCUAGUUCACCUCGGUCAAAUCGUCGGAAUUCCCUAUUUGAUCAUCCAAUGGAAUCUUUCCCCUGCUCGCCUACAACUAGUCUCGACCCAACGUCACCUACGUGGCAUGCUAGUCAUCAGAAGCAGCUUUCGAAUAUAUCGUCUCGAGGUUUUCAACCAUCAACAAACCCGGUCUUCAUACAACCUACUCUCACGCACAGCCACGCGAUUAUCGAAGAAUCUGAUGACGAAGAUAGUCCACCAGACCUAACUUCAGCGACAGACGAAUCCUUCGCAGACGAGACGGCGUCCUUGAAAGAUCAGGAUGCGGCUAAUGGGGAUUUGUCGCUUGCUGGCGACACAGACAGUCAUCGGAUGCCGCUAGUUCGAUUGCGCAGACCAGCGUCACACGAAUCAGUAAUAUCGUUAACAGGGGGGCUUGACAUUCACACGCUAAAAUCUCGGCCUAGUCAGCUUACCAUUGGCCAAAUAGGUUCUACCUCUUCCGUCACGGGCAGUAGCAUUGUCACAGCGCGGCCUAUACUGUCCCGCGAUAACGCGAAACGAAGCAGCGUAAUGCUACGAGAGAGCUAUGGGUCAUCACCAGUGGAGAGUCUAAAUUCUAUUUCAGACUCGUCCAUGCGAGGCCUUGGACCGUCGAAACUUGGUAGAUGGGCCGGCUGGCGGCCUUGGGGUGGAGGAGCAAACUCCAACGCAGGCACUACAUCGAGCAAGACUAUUAAAGAGAGGAAUAGUCAACAGUCACUUGGGCGCCCUCCGGGUAUCAACCAGCCUGGUGCAAUACCUGGUUUUUCAGAAUAUGUAGCUGCGGCGCAACGGAGAAUACCGCCAGCCAAGAUCCAGCCGGACAGUGUAGAUCGCGACGCUCUGAGAGAAGGUCUUGGCGAAGGCGAGACUAGCAUAUAAGCGUUAGGUUGCCCUUCAGCCCCAACAUAGUCACAGGAUGAUCGGAGCAUACAUGGGCUACGAUAAACAUUCCUAUCUUCUUUUUUGUUUAACUAUUGUACAGUACAACACUUGCCUGCUCCAGGAUUUGGGAUUGCGGAGCACUGGUUUUCGACCUUGAUGGAACGCACAUGGUUCGUGCGUGGCAGAAGAGGCAUUAUACAGAGCAACUUGCUGUUGGAACAACCCAGACAACGCGGGGAAACCGGUUAGUCAAUAUACCCCAUAAUAGGAAGUCGCCAGCAAAGAAGCACAGGACGGAGAACGCGGAUAUGAUACCCUCCAAGACAGCUAGUCUACUUGCUAGCUCUUGAUAUUUAUUUCUUUCCUUUGUUCAUAUUACUUGAUAUUGGGAUUGCCUGUUACCAAAUAUUGGUAGAUGUCAUGCGGCCGUAGUCCUACACUAUUGAUAUACUGUACAAGAUGUGGGACACUUAUCAAUAAUAGGAUAGGCAGCCUAGGUACAAUAUAUAUGCAAGCAUACAUACCUACAUACAUACAUACAUAGAAGAGAAUGUAAAAGUAGAAUAUUUUUAUUUCA